AUUGACUCAAGCAAUUUAGGUUUUUGCUCUGUGUGCAGUGCAGGCAACUGGACGUCUGUUGCAGGGUGCUCUGACAAUAACACCUGCUAUAGUUACAACCAAAAGAGAAACAACGGAGAUAUUUGCACCUCAUCUGGAUGGGCACCAACCAAUAACAACCUUCUCAUCAACGGCCUCAGAAGAGCACUCGGGGCCUUCAAUAGAAUGAGAAACCUGCUGCGACAGAGGCAGAUGGGAGCCUCAUUGACAGGACGCAAACGACGCUCAGUGUACACGUUGACGGUGUUGGACAACAAUAACGUCACCCUUAGUAAUUACUGCGGAGUGGGUACCAGCCUCACAGGUACUCCGACGUAUGUUUACGAUUACUUGUUGAACUACACCUUAUCUCUGACUGUCAGCAGCAGUGCGGACGAUGUUGUGUGUAUGGCCGGUUUGAUUGAAGAGUUCGUGAAUCUUUCAGUGAGCGAGGCAAUCAGCAUUGAGGACAGCGAAAUACCUCGACUCAUAAUCGCCACUGACCAAGCCAUAGUGCAUAUAGAAGAACUCAUGUGUAAUUUGACUGGAGAAUAUUGUCCAUCAACAACCACAUCGACCACAGAUGGAACUACAACCACAUCAGACACCACAAGUUCAUCAACCACAGGUGGAACCACAACCACACCAGGAACUACCACCUCAGGCUCCACCACAACCACACCAGGAACUACCACCUCAGGCUCCACCACAACCACACCAGGAACUACCACCUCAGGCUCCACCUCAACCACACCAGGAUCUACCACCUCAGGUUCCACCUCAACCACACCAGGAUCUACCACCUCAGGUUCCACCUCAACCACACCAGGAUCUACCACCUCAGGUUCCACCUCAACCUCACCAGGAUCUACCACCUCAGGUUCCACCUCAACCACACCAGGAUCUACCACUUCAGGUUCCACCUCAACCACACCAGGAUCUACCACCUCAGGUUCCACCACAACCACACCAGGAUCUACCACCUCAGGUUCCACCUCAACCACACCAGGAUCUACCACCUCAGGUUCCACCACAACCACACCAGGAUCUACCACCUCAGGUUCCACCUCAACCACACCAGGAUCUACCACCGGUCAGUUCACCACCUCAACCUCACCAGGAUCUACCACCUCAGGUUCCACCACAACCACACCAGGAU